AUGGACGCCCCCCCGACCACCGACUCCAGCUUCAGCGAGCAGCCGAAUAGCUCAGCCAGUGGCCCGUCGCGAACCCAGAGCUUCUCACAACAGACGGACAGCUCUCAAACCUCCCAAACUGCAGCCGAAUUCAUCGAUCGCCAGCUCCAACUGGAGGCCGAGGCGCGCGAAGCUCUCCCAUAUAAAUUCGAGAAAUGCACACAGCCCAUUGGAAAGCUGCGCCAGCAGAUUUUCUCCUGCCUCACGUGUAAUCCGCCCCCAGCGAAUCCUACCGAUCCGUAUACGGCCGCCGGAGUUUGCUAUUCCUGCUCCAUCUCGUGCCAUGGCGAACAUACGUUGGUCGAGUUAUUCAACAAGAGGGACUUUGUUUGCGACUGUGGAACGACGCGUUUGCCGGCGACUUCCCACUGCUCGCUGCGCAUAAACCCCGAGACAAAUACAAAGGGCGGGAUUCAUUCAGAGGAGCCUGCUCCUGAGAAUACUUACAACCAUAACUUUCGGAACCGAUUUUGUGGCUGUGGAUGCGACUACGAUGCUUACGCGCAGAAGGGUACAAUGUUUCAAUGUCUUGGCAUCGGUACUGGUGAGACCGGAGGAUGUGGCGAGGAUUGGUGGCACCCUGGCUGUCUAGUAGGACUUGGGCCAGACUGGGACGAGAGUUCAGGACGAAAGCCCAAGAACGAAGGAUUCCUGGAGUCUAUUGUUGAGGUUGCUGAAGCAGUUGUGGAUGAGAAGGAAGGAGAGGCGAAGGCCGCUACUACCAAUGGAGAUGCAUCAAAGGUCCCAGCGGAUGUUAUACCUGAAGUAGAGGACGAAGACGAGGAUCCGCCACUUCCUCCUGGGUUCCCGGAAGAGGAUGACUUUGAAGGCUUUCUCUGUUAUAAGUGCGUUGAAGCAAAUCCCUGGAUUAAGUUUUACGCAGGCACACCUGGCUUCCUACCGCCCGUCUUCAGACGCAGCACUGCACCCUCUCCAGAGACAGGAAUCGUCGCCAAAACCGAGGAAUUGAUUACUUCAGUCCUUCCAACCAACAAGAAGCGUAAAGCAGACGACGACGGAGAAUCCAGUUCAUCUAAGCGAGUCAAGGACGAGGGACCAACUGCCAGCAGCGAACCGUCAACCACCGACACUCCCGCAACAACCGUCGAUCCCAUCCAAACAGAAGAGGGCAAACCCCCCUGCAAGCUUACCACUCUCCCGCCGCCUCCCACCGGUGUUUUCUCCCUCUUCUUCACCCCCGACUUCCGCACCCACCUCUGCCGCUGCCCCUCCUGCUUUCCACUUCUAACCCCGCACCCACAACUCCUCGAAGAGGAAGAACUCUACGAACCCUCCGUCUCCUCCUCCGAAGACGGCGCGGGCGGCGGUAGCACCGUCGGUUCCGGCUCGAUCUACGACCUCGGCGAGUCCGCGCUCAAGAACGUGGAUCGCGUGCGCGCCAUCGAGGGCGUGAUGGCGUACAACCACCUCAAGGAUAAGCUGAAGCCCUUCUUCCAGCAGUUUGCCGAGAGCGGACAGGCGAUCAGCGCGGAGGACAUCAAGGCGCAUUUUGCGAAGAUGAGGGGCGACGCGGAGGCUAUCAGGGAUGCCGGACAGGAGGCCCAGGUUGCGGGUGAUAGCAGGAAGGAACAGGGUGGCUUUUGA